AUGCAGACCAAACACUUUUUCUCCGAUCCGAGCCACCUGGUUCUGACGGCCCUCCACUCGCUCACACUGACAAACCCGUCUUUGGCUUUGGACCCGACGCACAAGAUCAUCUUCCGUCGCCCAGAUGCUCCCCGCAAGGCCAAGAAGGUGUCAAUCGUCACUGGUGGUGGCUCCGGCCACGAGCCUGCCUUUGCCGGUUAUGUGGGCCAUGGUUUGUGUGAUGCCUCGGUCGCAGGAACUAUCUUCGCCUCUCCGUCUGCGGAGCAGAUUCGCAGGGCCGCCAUGGACCGUGUCCCCACCGAGGAGGGCGUGUUCAUCAUUCCCAUGAACUAUACCGGCGAUGUGUUGAACUUCGGUAUGGCCGCGGAAAAGUGCCGUGCCGCCGGUAUUAACACCGAGUUCUUUUCCAUCAACGACGAUGUCGGUGUGGGCCGGGAGAAGGGCGGUUUGGUCGGCCGCCGUGGACUUUGCGGGGGCAUUCUGAUCCUCAAGAUGAUUGGAGCCUUGGCCGAGGCAGGUGGCUCGCUCGAGGAAGUGUACGGCUUGGCCAAGCAGGCAAACGAUAAUUUGGUGACGCUGGGCUCCUCCCUGGAGCACGUUCACAUUCCCGGUCGUGGUGCGCCCGAUGACACAGUCCAUGACGGCGAAGUUGAGAUCGGCAUGGGUAUUCACAACGAGCCGGGCUCCCAUCGGGCCAAAUUCGACCUGGUCGGGCUGGUCUCAAUCAUGCUUAAGCAGCUGCUCGACAAGAAUGACACUGACCGCAAUUACCUCAAUCGCACGCCCGAGGACAAGUUUGUCAUGCUCGUCAACAACCUCGGCGGUGUCAGCCCGCUGGAGCUGGCCGGUAUCACCGACGAGGUCUACCGCCAGCUGGAGCGCGACUACCAGAUCAAGCCGGCCCGCCUCAUCCAGGGUACCUUCCUGACCAGCUUGAACGGACUCGGCUUCAGUGUCUCGCUACUGAGGCUGUCUGACACCGGCCUGGGCGCUGGAAAGUCCAUGCUGGAACUGCUGGAUGCGCCCGCUGAAGCGGUGGGUUGGUCCGCUCCCAUCCCUACCUCGACCUGGGAUAAUCGGUCCGACGCUCCUGUUGAGCUCAAAGACUCGAACCUGGCCGAAGAGAAGCCUAGCAACCUCAAGCUGGAUCCUGCCGUUGUCAAGAAGGUUCUUGGAGCCGGCCUGAAGCGCGUCAUCAGCGUGGAACCCGAGGUUACUCGCUACGACACCAUCGUAGGUGACGGCGCUUCUGGACAAUGCCUCCCCCCACUGAGCGAUGACAUCGUUAACACGGUGAACCGCAUCGUGACUGUGGUCGAGAACACGAUGGACGGCACCUCAGGUGCCAUCUAUGCCAUUUUCUUGAACGCGUUGGCCCACGGCCUGCGCGCCCAGGACCAGAGCUCCGCCGUGCCGGCCACGACCGAGGUCUGGGCCAAGGCCCUCAAACACGCCAUCACCGCGCUGAGCAAGUAUACCCCAGCCAAGCCCGGUGACCGCACUCUUAUCGAUGCUCUUUUUCCCUUCGGCGACACCCUUUUGGAGACCCUCGACGUGCGCGUUGCCGCCGCCGCCUCCCAGCAGGGUACCGAGUCCACCAAGAGCAUGAAGGCCAGUUUAGGCCGCUCUGUGUACGUUGGUGGCGAGGAAGAGUGGCUCGGCAAGGUGCCUGACCCCGGCGCUUACGGUCUCAGUGAAUUCCUGACCGGUCUGGCUGAGGCGGUCUAG